CAAAAAGCGGAUAAGCUAUAUUGAAGCCAAUGAAUUGCUCUACUUGAUUCACACAGCUGCACAAUUUUGUGAGAUGGCGACGAUACUGAGAUGGUACAAACCCUUGUUUCCUCUCCGCCACCCACUGGCGGCGAAAUCUUUCAAUUCGAGGACCAAAUUCCGCUUUCGCACCACUUUCUCUGCUGCAAAGUCUCAGUCUUUGACGACCUGCUGUGAGCAAAAUACCGAUGCUAAAUCGCGGCAGGUAAAGAAAGAGCUUUGGCUGUACAACACGAUGAGCAAGCAAAGAGAGCUGUUUAAGCCUAAGGUGGAAGGCAAAGUAGGAAUGUACGUUUGCGGCGUCACCGCCUAUGAUCUCAGCCACAUUGGCCACGCCCGCGUUUAUGUUGCUUUUGAUGUCCUCUACAGAUACCUUAAGCAUUUGGGAUAUGAGGUUAACUACGUUCGCAAUUUCACCGAUGUUGAUGACAAGAUUAUUGCCAGAGCAAAUGAGUUGGGUGAAGAUCCGAUAAGCUUGAGCAGAAGAUUUUGUGAGGAAUUUCAUCUUGACAUGGCGUAUCUGAACUGCCUUCCUCCUUCCGUGGAGCCUCGUGUUUCUGAUCACAUACCGCAAAUUAUUGCUAUGAUCAGACAGAUACUGGAUAAUGGAUGUGCAUACGCAGUCGAGGGUGAUGUGUACUUCUCCAUAGACAAAUUCCCCGAGUAUGGACGAUUAUCUGGACGUAAACUGGAAGAUAACAGGGCCGGUCAACGAGUUGCAGUGGACUCUAGGAAGAGAAACACAGCUGACUUUGCUUUAUGGAAGGCAGCAAAGGAGGGAGAACCUUUCUGGGAGAGUCCAUGGGGUCCGGGAAGGCCGGGAUGGCAUAUCGAGUGCAGUGCUAUGAGUGCUGCUUAUUUAGGUUAUUCUUUCGACAUACAUGGUGGUGGAAUGGAUCUUGUAUUUCCCCAUCACGAGAAUGAGAUUGCUCAAAGCUGUGCCGCCUGCCGUGAAAGCAAUAUAAGUUAUUGGAUCCAUAAUGGAUUUGUGACCAUAGAUUCUGAGAAGAUGUCGAAAUCUCUUGGCAACUUUUUCACCAUUAGAAAGGUACUCGAACUUUAUCAUCCACUGGCUCUGAGGCAUUUCCUUUUGGGAACACACUAUCGUUCCCCUAUUAAUUACUCGGAGUUACUGCUUGAAACUGCAUCAGACCGUGUUUAUUAUAUCUAUCAGGCAUUACAUGAUAGUGAGAGUAUCACGGCCCAGCAUGAUGAAACUAGUUUGAAGGAUUCGAUUCCAGCAGAUGUUGCAACUUGCAUCAACAAAUUUUGGGAUGAAUGUUUGAUAUCAAUGACAGAUGAUCUACAUACUUCUGUAGCAUUGGCUGCAAUUUCUGAACCAUUGAAAACCAUGAAUGAUCUUUUACAUACCCGAAAGGGAAAGAAGCAACAACUCAGAGUCGAGUCACUUGCUGCUUUAGAGAAGACCGUUAGGGAUAUUCUUGCUAUUUUGGGGCUUUUGCCAGAUAGCUAUUCCGAGGCGUUGAAGCAGCUGAAGGAUUAUGCUCUGAGGCGUGCAAAGUUGACAGAAGAUCAUGUUCUGCACAAGAUCGAAGAAAGGAAUGCUGCGAGAAAAAAUAAAGAAUACGAAAAAUCCGAUGCAAUUCGAAAAGAAUUGGCUAGUGCAGGCAUUGCACUCAUGGACAGCCCAGAAGGCACAACUUGGAGACCUGCUCUGCCUCUGGCAUUGCAAGACCAAUAGUUCGAGCAUCCAUUUUGGAAAAUUUUUGACGUUUCGAUAGCAUGACAUAAAUCACCAAUUCUUGAAACAACUUCAUUCCAGGUAACUGUGAUUAGUGGUAAACUGGAAUUUUGAUUCUCCAUCAAAUUUUAUUAUUACUCUGUUGGAAACUACAUUUACUUAUUGAUACAUAUUGCAUUCGAAAUC